AAAGGCACCGAUCUCUCCCGUUCUUGGCGAUCGAAGCUGUUCUCGUCACUAUCCAGCAACGAACCAGCUCGAUACGCUUUAUUCGCCCAUCAUGUUCGGCUCCAAGAUCCUUUCCACCAUCUUCUUGGCGGCUAUCUCCGCCGUCCAGGUUUCUGCUGUCGCUGUUAGCGAGAGGCAAAGCCAGACCUGUGUCGCAACAUGCGGUUCAACAUGCUACUGGCAGUCGGACAUCGACGCGGCUGUGAAGCAGGGCUACAACUACCAGCAACAGGGCAAGACCGUCGGAUCGGGUAAAUACCCGCAUGUAUAUAACGACUACGAAGGCUUCAACUUUCCCGACUCUGGAACCUAUUACGAGUUCCCUAUUCUAUCAAGCUUUAAGGUCUACACUGGCGGCAGCCCAGGUGCGGAUCGUGUCGUUUUCUUGGGUAGCAAUGGCAACUAUGAAGGCUCUAUUACUCAUACUGGGGCCAGCGGGAACAACUUCGUUCAAUGCAGCUAGAAGCAAUGUUAUAUUAUAAAGGUGUUGUUUUGCGCAGGUUGUGGUUUAUCAUAUGCAGAAGUUAUAUGGUGAUCCUGAAGGGUGUCACGUGAUGCCAAUUAACGACCACGACCGCUUACAUAAUCACAAAUAUAUAUUUUAUGUUCAUAUUCACCAUACCAUUAUAUAUACGUACCUAUUAAAUCAUCAC